AUUAUUUUGUUUAAAAGCAGAUAACUGUUGAAUUGUGAAGGUCUUCUGUGAGGUUGAUACAUUGAUGAAUUCCAGGAUGGCCAUACGUGUGAUUGUGUUUCUAACACUUACUGGACUGUGCGUCGCUGAUUCCAAAGGGAAUCUUGCUCUUGGAGCCACAGCUGUCCAGUCUUCCACAUACGAUAAAUUAGCAGCAGCUCAAAAAGCUGUCGAUGGCAACAGGAAUCCAAUUCGCAAACAUGGGUCAUGCAGUCAUACUAAUGCAGACAAGGACCCCUGGUGGAGAGUUGAUUUGUUGGAAGUCUACAUGGUGACCAGAGUUAGCAUCACUAAUCGUGGAGAUGGUAAUGCAGAGAGAAUAAAUGGUGCUCAGAUCCGUAUCGGCAACAGCCUGGAAAAUAAUGGCAACAAUAAUCAGCUGGCUGCGACUGUUGAGUCCAUUCCAGCUGGAGAGACAAAAACAUUUAAGUUUCAUCCUAUUAAGGGGCGAUAUGUCAACAUUUUUAUUCAUGGGCGCAAUGAAUAUCUCACACUGUGUGAGGUUGAGGUGUUUGCAGAUUAAGUGGAAUGAGAUGAUGUUACACCACAGUCCACUGAUCCUAUAAGCAAAAUACCAAACUACUGUUUUCUGAGCAAUACUAAUGCACUUUUUUAAAUGUUUGCAUUUUACCUGUGCACCUUUUAUCCUUGAGAUAAAAG